AUGGAUCCCUGGUUGGGUAUGGACCCCUGGCGGAACUUUCGUGGAAUGUCUCAAGGAGGGCUUCGACCACCACCACCUUCCACAGGUGAUGCUUCCUCCCGAGCUUCGGGAGUGUUUGGACAGGGGCACUCAGGUUUAGCUCAGCCAGCCUUCAGUGGCAUGCAGUCGCAGCCGAGGGUACCGGGAAACACUUCCUUAGGAACGCCUGGAACUACGCCUUCGGCAGCUGGGAACUUUGCCACGUCUUCCUCACCAGUGGCAACACCUGGAAUGAGCCCAACUCCGCAAAUGUCUCAUGCAGCAAGCUUCUCAGGAUCUUUCAGUCAGCCUUUUUCUUUUGCACCGAAUCCCCAAGGGACUACUGGUUUAGGCAUGGGAGCACCUCCAACUUUUGGUGUGGAACCCCAAAGGGGACAUGUAGCUCACACUGCGCCGAACUUGGGCGCUGGUGCACCUGUGACCGGACCUCUCAAUGCAGCGAACCUGUGGCAUCAGCUUGACGCCACAGCAGCACCUCCGUCGGCACCUUCGAUCAGCAGUGCUUUUGAGAUGCUGGGCAAGCCUGUUCACCGACCUGCUGCAACGACGGUGGACCCUCAGGAAACGAUGAUGAAAGCUCUCACUGCAGCCCUGUCGGGCGAUCGAAAGAAUCUCCCAAGCUGGAGUGGGGACAUCGCUACAUUGAGGCCUUGGCUUCGACAGUUGAUGCUCUGGGAAGUCGACAACAAUGUUCCCAAGCACAAAUGGGGCUUGAAGUUGAUGCAAGCGUUUGGAGAACAGUCCCCUCCUCGUCGGAUUGCCGAGACCAUCGACCUAGCGAUUCUCACCUCUGAGAGUGGCUACUCUGCCAUCCUCUCGGCCAUUAUGGUCAAGUAUGGGCCAUACUUGGAAGCCGCUGGUCCAGCAUCCAUCGAGACCUUCUUUUAUGGCACCGAGAGGAAUCGAAAUGAGAACCUGUCCACCUACAUUGCAGCUAAGGAGGUGGCGUUGCAAGAGCUGGAAUCUCACCUUGGGGAGAAACUGCCUUCUCGCAUUGCUGGCCGCAUCCUCCUGAAGCAUGCCAACCUUUCAGAUGCUCAGAAGGAAGCUAUGGCAGUUCGCUACAAUGCACUGCUCAGUUUUGACCAGGCAGCCGCUGCUCUUCGGCCCCUAGAUCGUCCUGACGCUCUGGUUCAAAAAGUGACCAAGACUUACUUGACCGCGCAGGACUAUGGAGGAGACGAAGAUGACGAGGAAGAAGAACUUCUUCCAGCCGAUGCCGAGGAACCUGAGGAUGAAGAAGGCCCUGAAAGUGAUGGACAAGGAAACAUGACCUUCCUGAUGUUUGACCCUCAGGAAGAAUACACCGAAGAAGAAGCGACCUACAUUUGGGCCUACAAUAGUGCCUGCAAAGAUGUUCGCCGUGAACUACAGGCUCGAAGAAAGGGUCGUCAGUUUUUCAAGAAGGGAAACACUCCACCAGUUCAGAAGAAAGGCAAGAACAAGGGCUUCCAGCGCCGAGGCUUUGGCAAAGGCCGCAACAGCGCUGGUGGCGCUGGUCGCGGUCGAGGUCAAGCUCGUGGCACACCAGAUGAGUUGCUGGCAAGAACCAAAUGUUUUUCCUGUGGCGGUUUGGGCCACAUGUCGCGUGAUUGCCCUCACCAGGAAACACCGCAGACCUUUUUCGUGCACUCUGGAAGCAGCAGCCAGUCUCGCAUCUACGCCGUGAAUGUCAAGGCUGAGGUGCAACGGCAGCUGGAUGUGUUUGCUGGAGUGAGAACGGAUGACUGUGAAGGUGUGGUCGACACGGCUGCUGAAGAGGCCAUCAUUGGUUCUUCAGCCAUGAGCCGCCUUCGUGCUGCAUUGGCCAAGUUUGGGCUUCAGCCAAUCCCAGCGGAAGGAACCACAGCAACAUGCGCUGGGAUCGGUGGCUCAGCUACCAUCUGUGGAGUCUUUGACGUGCCAGUAGGCAUCGCUCGCACUAACGGGCUUCUUCGUGUGACGGAGAUUGCAGAUGCUGGCGCUUUUGAGACCCCUUUUCUUUUGCCCAUCAGCUACAUCGAACUGGUGGGUGGAGUGAUCGAUACCGGCAAGAACACCUUCUCAAUUCGAGGAGGAAAGAAGACACCAAUGCGUCGACUGCCAUCGGGUCACCGAACGAUCUCGGUGCUUGAGUUCAAUGGGAAAUGGCGAUUGCCAGAGCAGUUGGCAAAGGAGCUCACCAGUUCUUCAUCCACCAAUCCUUUUUCGUUGCCCAAAGCCAAUAGUGGCGAAAAGCUCCAACAACGACCUGGAGUGGCCGUAUGGUUGAAAAGAGGAGAUGAUUUGGUCUAUAUGGGUUCAUUGUCCUCCCGCACAACGUUGGUUCAUCCUCAUGAGGCGGCAUCUUCAGUGGUGGCGGCCUCGGCACUGCAGAUGGUCGUGCAGCUUUGGCUCCUGGUUCAAGCCCACCACAACUUUCCGAAGGCCGAAAUGCAGACUCGCAUCACUCAAUGGCUGGUGCAGGCGGAUCAGGAAGCGCCCACUGCCGGGCGACGCAAGACCAGCUCACAGAAGCUGAUGGGCGCUUGGAAGCGCAUGACUCAGCUCAUCAUGACCAUGAUUUUCAACACCAUCAAGCAGUCAGCCAUGGAUCACUUGCUCAGCCGCAACAAGCAGUACCAGGUGGCGACCGCUUCGCCCACCGAGGCGGAGAGCAAGUCCAAGAAGACCAUCGGCGAUGGCAAGGUGCGCCGAGGAAUUGGUCGUCCACUGCGGCGAUCCAACGCCUGCAAGACAUGGCACUGCGAGCCGUCCAAAUUAGAGUGGGCAGCCGAUGCGGAGAUCAACGUGCACCGCAGCAGCCCCAAGUCCAGUGCUCAGUCCUCGACGGAUCGACCAAGCCGAGUUGUGGACAUGCUGGUGCACUCCGACAAGAGCUACCCAGCCAAACUGCCACCGCCCAAGUAUCGCUCAGAUCUUCCAACACUGGUGGUGCAGGAGCUGACGGCAGAAGAGAUGACUCCAAGCAGUGUGCCUCCGGACUACUCCAACCAGACACGAACCCCGUCGUGGCUGGCAUCCCCAGUGCAAGAGACACCGGAGCUUCCAGUGGACUCCAUGGCAGGAGCUCGCACCAGUGGGCCCAUGAAGGCAAGGUCACCCAGUCCGGAUCGUCGUCGACGUAUGACCUCAGGUGUCCGGCCAGCUCAGCAUCGCACCAAGUCUCGCCAUCAGGAGACCAUGGAGAGGGAGCACCUCACCGAGCAGUACGAGAUCCACUCAUCGAGCAGCUCAGUGCCAAGCCUGCUGGACGAUGUCCAAGUGGUGUCGCCCUGA